AUCGAAAACACAAUGGGAACUUAUACUUUGAAACAAAAACACAUUUUCAGAUCGAGUUAUCAUCAAACUGGCACUCGAAGCAAGAAGAGAAGAGAUGGAAGGCGUAGUACACAGAACAGUGGAAGUAAAUGGCAUAAAAAUGCAUAUUGCAGAGAAAGGAGAGGGUCCUGUGGUGUUGUUCCUCCAUGGCUUUCCUGAACUCUGGUACUCAUGGCGUCACCAGAUUCUGACUCUUAGCUCUCGAGGGUAUCACGCUGUUGCCCCAGAUCUACGGGGCUACGGUGACACUGAGGCACCAGCUUCAAUCAGCAGCUACACCUGCUUGCACAUAGUGGGUGACAUCGUUGCCCUUAUAGACCUUCUGGGUGUUGACCAAGUCUUCCUUGUGGCUCAUGACUGGGGAGCCCUCAUAGGCUGGUACCUCUGCAUGUUUCAGCCCCACAGAGUCAAGGCUUAUGUUUGCCUCAGUGUGCCUCUCUGGCCUAGAAACCCAAAAGUGAAGCCCGUUGAUGCCAUGCGAGCCGUAUACGGAGAUGACUACUAUGUCUGCAGAUUCCAGAAACCAGGCGAAAUGGAGGCUCAAAUGGCUGAAGUUGGGACUGAGUAUGUGUUGAAAAACAUUCUGACGACUCGAAAACCUGGUCCUCCGAUAUUUCCCAAGGGAGAGUAUGGAACUGGGUUCAAUCCAGAUAUGACUGACUCCUUACCCUCUUGGCUCUCAGAAGAUGAUCUUGCCUAUUAUGUUUCCAAAUAUGAGAAAACGGGCUUCACAGGACCUUUGAACUAUUACAGAAAUGGGAACUCAAAUUGGGAGCUGACAGCACCGUGGAUUGGAGUGAAAGUCCAAGUGCCGGUGAAGUUCAUCACAGGUGAGUUAGACAUGGUAUACACCUCACUGAACAUGAAGGAGUAUAUCCACGGUGGAGGUUUCAAACAAGAUGUGCCAAAUUUAGAAGAAGUGAUUGUGCAGAAAGAUGUAGCUCACUUCAACAAUCAAGAAGCAGCAGAGGAAAUCAGUAAUUACAUUUACGAGUUUAUCAAGAAAUUUUGAUCUCAUCCAAAAAUGGCUUCAAAGUAGAAUAUUGUUGAAGGUGCUGUGUUUUUAUUUAAUGACUUUACGUACUGAGGAGCGAAGGUUAUUUUUAAUUAUGCAGGAGAUAAUGCAUACAUAAGAAAAGCUAUUUUUAAUUAUUAAA